AUGGAUGUCUCUGUUCCUAUAAUUGUUUCAUCUGAAAUCACAAAGAAGUUAUUCAAGUUGAAACCAUCCAGAUAUGAUGGGUUACUUCUCACCAUCCACCAUUCAACUAGGGAUAGAAAAAUCAGAUUCAUUCAUGUUUGUUAUCAUGAAAAUGGAAACAUUCUAGUUUCUGCUGACAACCAAGGAAACUCUUACAUUUUCAAUUUACUUGACUGUAAAUUCUGGGCAUUACCGAAAGUGGAUUCAUGCACAUUUAUUACAUUUUCUUCCCUGAACCCAUAUGAGCUACUGAUUGCUGAGAAACAAGGUGCUAUUCUCAUUGUUGACAUUGAUUCUGGUCUGGUAGUAGGAAAGCUAAUAGGUCACAAAAAAAGUGUUAAAUUUGUGUCUUUUUCCAAGAAGAAAUAUUGCCUAUCUUCUUCACCAUAUGAAGCUAUUGUUUGGAAUCUUCAAACAAGGUCCAAGAUACAAGUUCUGGAUUUGGACAAAACUAAUUUAUUGAAAUAUGUAGGAUUUUUACCGGUUUCAGGAAAUAUCAUAGCAUGUUUCCAAGAUGACUUGAUCCAAGUAUGGAGUUUUGGAAAAUUUGAAACUCUAAAACAAUUUCUUCCUAGUAAUUGGAAAAACCAUACAGUGAAAAGUAUAACAUUCACCAAAAAUGGAGAGAUCAUGGUGGUAUCUGGAUACCUAUCCACCUUAGCUGUAUUUCACUUGGGAAACUGGAAACUCUUGAAAUUAAUAUCAUUGCCUGAUAACAUACAUACUAUCAGACAUACUGAAUUCCUGUCACAACCUUUCGAUGGAGGUUGUAAUAAAAUUCUAGUUGUUCUAUCUGGACAAGGUUCCAUUCACUUCUUCGACAUAGAACAAAAUGUUAUAUUGAGCCAACUGGCCUCAAAAAGUGAAAUCAUCAAUGCUGUAUGCUCCCCCAAUGGAAAUUUCAUGGCAUGCACUUUGUGUUCAGGAGAAGUUGAAGUUUAUAAUUUGGAACAGUAUGUGGCUUCUCCAAUAGAUGUAAAAGUUCAAAAACCUAGUAAAAAUGCCAAGGUCAGUAGGAGGUGUCUGGGGGGCAUAGAAAUGGUGAAAGAAAAGAUUGAUCAUAUGUUGACCAAUGAAAAGUUGAAGUCUGUAUUGAAAGAAUAUGGCGAAUUUCCACAAACACACAGGCUGAAAAUCUGGGAAAAGUUAUUACAGCUACCAAACAACAUUCAACAAUACAAUAGUAUCAUAAACCAUGUGACACUGAUGGCAUUUAAGGACCUCAACUCAAAUUAUCCUUUAGAAAGCAAACUUUCUCUGAAAGACUUGAAGAAGCUUCUCAACAAUAUAGUUACUUGGUGUCCGUUUUUUGCGAAUGUCGACUAUUUUCCUGUAUUCGCCUAUCCAUUUGUGAAAGUUUUUCAGAAUAAACCGUUGGCCUGUUUCGAGGCAAUUUGCACCAUUAUUUUAAAUUGGUGUCAACAUUGGUUUGAAUAUUUUCCUCUUCCACCUGUCAAUAUCCUAGCAAUGGUUGAAAACCUCCUUAUGGAACAUGAUCCUGAGUUGUUGCAUCAUUUUGCGACAAAUGACAUAACUUCGAAUAUAUAUAUUUGGCCUCUGCUCGAAACUGCAUUUUCAGAAGUGCUCACUUCAUCAGAAUGGCUGAUAUUCUGGGACCAUGUACUCAUCAACGAAGUUUCAUUUUUACUAUGUGCUAGUGCAGCAUACAGCAUUGUUCAAAGAAAUAUUCUGAUAUCAUUGAAACAAUCUGAGGAAUUCCAGUAUUUCUUUCAUAAUCAGAAUCCAGUUGAUAUGAAGAAGUUCUUGAAGAUAACUUAUUGCAUACUGAAUAGCACCAGUGAGAGAAUUCAUCCUAGACAGUAUUUGCAACCAUUUGGUAGCAUUGAGGAAGGCAACUAUCCUCUUUUCAUUGAGUAUCCUAGAACUAUCGUGGAAUUUGAGACUGAUAGGAUGAAACAGCUUGAUGGAGAGUUGACUGAAUUAGAAGGCGACAAAAAGAAAUUCAUGGAACAGGAGAAGAGUAAGAAGUUGGACAAAUCCAACAAUGAGUUACAGAAGGAACAAUCCAGGAGAAUGGAAGAAUUGAAAAAACUCUGUGAGGAAAGAUUAGAUAUUAUGGAGAAAAAUGUAAGACGGGAACAGAAAGAAUUUCAGGAAAUAAUGAAACAACAUGAGGCAACUACUGAUGAUCACAUUAAGAACAUUGACAUUGGUGAAAAUCGAAUCAAGCAGCAGAAUGAUACCUCUAUAAAAAGAAACAUAAAUGGAACGUGUAGUGAUAGACAUAGAAGAAUAUUGGAAGUCAAAGAAAAGUACUUGACACAAUUGAAGGAUCUUCUGAAAUACAAAUAUGUUAUUGAUCAAGUAUUGAAACAUCCUGAAUCGGUACCUAGUGAUUAUGACAAUGAUAUCAUGAUGAGAAAAUAUGAAAAAUUAGUGGAACAUGAGAUGGAUAAGAUUGACAAAUCAGUAGCGUCUUUGCAGAAACUCAAGAAAAUGAAUAUGCAGACGAGCUUGAAAAUCAUUGAUGACUUCAUUACAAAUAUUGAGGAUGAAAUCAAGAUGAAGAAAUCAGAAAGUCUUUGUGAAUUUCCUGGAAAGAAGGUCAAGAACAGCAAGAGGGUCAUUUCCAAUGACCCAAAGAACUAUUCCACUCAGAGAAACUCAAGGUCUUUGUGUUGUUGUGCUGAAUCAUGUCCAAAAACUGUGAGGUUUUGGGAUCCCACAGGUAGCUGA